AUGUCUAAAGAUUCUAUAUCAGAUACGUUUUCGUCUAUGAAUGUUGUUGGCCUCAAAAAAUAUUUGCAAGAACGUGGCGUAACAGUCCAUGGCUACCUGAAGCCCGCUUUGGUAGUUAUUGCUUCUGCUGUCGAGAAAAUGAUGCUACCAAAAGAUCCCAAUUUUGAAUGUGACGACGCAGAGAAAAUUUAAAGAAACGAUUAAUAAUUCAUGAUGUUGCGGUAUCGGAUCCGUUCACUUUGCCUACGCAGAAUAAUUUUAUAGACUCGCCGCCAUUUGGACUUUACGACAUUUUUAAUCAUUUGAUCUACCAUUCGACUGAUUACGACAAACAAGGACUUGCAUCUUACAAAUCAUACGACGAUUAUCGCUUGUUUGACGAUGGCUAUGUGGAAUCUUUGUCUACUACAUAUUUAAAGGAAUGCGGAUUGCACGUUUAUGUUGGAAAAGUAAACCCGACAAUGCGAAUGAAAACAGACGAGGGUAAGGAACAAUACGAUUUGUGGUUUAUAUUGGAAGGAAAGGGGCCAAACCGAGGAAGUGUUAUCGAGGCAUUUUGUAAGUGCAAAGGGGGACGAGAUGGCGGAUGGAAGCAUAUCGCAGCAGCGAUGUACUCUCUUGAGUUUCUUUUAAACACUGAGGGGAAAGACAGUGUGACAAGUGGAGUGUGUUUGUGGAAAAGAAGGCAACGAGCAAGCAUUAAACCUUGUGAGGUAAAGGAUGUAAACAUUUCCAAAUGUGAAUACGGUGAUCCAAGUAAAAAGAGAAAACAUGAAUAUGUGUGGCUACAGAACAUCGACCAUGAUCCAAGAGAGGAAAGAUUUCGGAAGAAAAGUCGCAUGAUGAUAUGGUGA